AUGACAAGCAGAGAUGACCCUCUGAUAUUCCCAGAUAACUCCAAAGACAGAGAGGGAAGGACAACCACAGGCUCUACGAGAAGAAGCAAGUCCCACCGAAGAGGAGAGUCGGUUGCACAUUCACAGAGUAUACACAACAGUGAAGAUAUCCUCGAUAAAAGGAUGAAAGAAAUCGAGGAGGGAGACAGGCAGGCUCUGGUAGUCCACAAAAAAGUUCCCUCACGAGGAAGAAGAAGCAGAAGUCCCACCCCAAGGCGAUAUGAAGCUUCUCCACGAAAAAGGAGGAGCAGAAGUAAAAGCCAAACACCAGAGAGGCGAAGGGCUUUUUCACGAAAAAGGAGAAGUAGAAGCCGAAGUCCCACCAAGGAGGAGGAGACCAGAAAACAUCACCGGGAUAGGUACGAGAGGUCUGAUGCCAAUUGGGCCAAGGUUACGUCUCGAAAAACCAAGAAACUUGAAGACAGAACGAUGACUGCACGAGAAGCAGCAUGGAAGGCCUUAAGCAACAUAGCAGCUUCCCCCUUUGCAAGGAGGCUACAAGAGGCCAGGUUGCCGAGCAGAGUGAAGCACAGUACAUUCAUUCUUUACGAGACAAACGCGGAUCCCGUAGCUCACAUAUAG